AUGCGGUUGUUCUUAUACCUGCUGCAAAUAUCACUGAUUACUAGUAUUGCUUGUGCUCGAAAUCCACUCAAACGAAGUAGUAGCACCCGCAAUCCGGAUUGUUCACCGGAAAUUGAUGAUGAGCCUGAGGAUACUACUGAUAUAAACUAUGUGUUCAUACUGGAUCAUACAAUUCCCGAAGAAAAUCUAGGAAAGUUGAAGUACUUAAUGAAAGCCAUGAGCUGCGAAAUUACGAGUACUGAUCCGUACAAACUCAACAUACUUCAUCUGGAUGAGAAACAGAGCACUCUCUCCAGACAUGUUCCAAGUGCGAAUUUCAUAGAUCUACUCGAUGCCGCAGUGCAAAAAGAUACCAGCAAUGCUAAAUCAAAAUCUCUCUGUCAUCGUAUAGAAGACCCUCUAGCCAAGAUGAAGCUUAACUCUUCAUCGUUUUAUCGCUUUGUCAUUCCUAUAGAUACAACAAUAGAAAAUUGCUCUGUAAGAGACACAUUCCGGAAAAUAUUUGGAAAACAUGAGUACAGAAAAAGAAUUUAUGCUGACGUAAUACAGUUUGGUAAAGUAAGGAAUGCGGCAUCUCAGCCGAAAAUAACUGUGGAUUGGAGCUCCAUAGAUGUGAAAGUUGAUAAACUAACAAAAUCUGAAAAAUUUCGAAGGCUGUCCACGUCUGCCAUGUUAGCUGAAGAUAUUUCUGAAUGGGCUCACGACACUGUCAAUAAGACAGCAGAAAAUAACAUAUUUGAUAGUUGGCCUGAGACAACAGUUUCGUUAACAUCAUCCACAACGGAAUCACCAAGAACAUCUACGAUUCUGUUGAAGACUUCGAAAAAAUCAACUGCAAUGCCUUCUGCUGAAACGACAUUCAGUAAAGUUGUAAAGCCAACACCUACGGAUUCAAGUUUUCGAACCUCGAAAAAACCGAGCUUAAGAAUCCCGGAGAAACCUUUGGUAUUUAAUAUUGUUGAGGAAAUACAACCAGAGAAAAUGAAAUUGGAACACAACAAAAAAACUUAUGAGCUUGAAAAGGCAAAGAACGGAAACUUCAAAAUAAACGAUCUUAACUUCACUUUGCAUGAGAGGGAUGAGGUGCACAUGGGUGGUAAAACCUACAAUGUCAAGACUUUUGUUUUGAACGAUACUGUAGAAGUAUUUUUGAAGACUAAUAGCAAUGAAACUCUCACUCUACAACUGGCUGCGAAUCAAUUUAAUCCCAUUAUUGAUUCAAAUGCAAUCUCAAGUCUCAACGAUCUAUUACAUUAUGUUCUCCUUCUCAACUCACUUGUGGAAGGAAACGAUAAAAUGCUCGUGGCUGAUAUGGAUGAAUCAGAAACGAAUGGUGCGCUGUUGCUAGGAUGGAAAUGGUUUCUGAUUGCUCUUGGAAUUUUGAUCCUUCUCUUAAUAUUAUUUUGUUGCUUCUGCCGUUACAGAAGAAAGAGAAAAACAGAAUACUAUAUCACUAACCCAGCGUUAUCUCCACUCAUUUCUACGCAAUCUUCUCACGAUGAAAAAACAUCUAGUGCAAGCAAGGCUGGUCUAAACCCUGUCAAAAAUAUUCAACCGAUCGAAGGAACUCAACUCAGUCAGCAUAGUUCACAAUCAACGCAACUCGGUUCCCAAUCUCAUCAUUCCAACCCUGAUCCUUACAGUCCUCCUUUACACUUCGUCGCAGAUAUACGUUACGAUAGUUUACGAGCAACACCUCCUGUAUCUCCCGAAACACUAGCUUCAGAUAGAGCACCUAUGAAAAACGCUGAGGAACUGAAAUCUCUAAGAAUAGGCAACUGA